AGCGCCCCACACGCGCACACGCACUUGUUCUUGGAAAGGGAGCAAGACCAGGUGUGCAAAUGGCACGUUACGCUCUGAGAACAAAACUCAGCAAAAGGCACUCAGAGCGUCAGGCCCAUUGUCCCUCCAGCUGGCACUGACGCGGAUUGUACUCUGCCCUUCACAAGGGGGAAAGAACCAUAGUCCCCGACUUGGCAGAAAUCCUUAACAAAUCCUUGAACCAUAGAACCGUUGAGAUAAAUAGCUUUCAUACUCCUGUGGGCUGGAGUACCCGCCUCUCGGAUUUUAUUGCAUUUUUUUAACAAUGUAAAUCCAUUCCAAUAUUCUUUUAAAGCCUCCCAUACGCUGUGUCUCUGUGCAGGUCAAGUAGGGAGCAUUCUAAUAUUUCCAUGAGACAGAUAAGCCAUUCCUCUAGGUGCAGGGUGAUCAUUGCUCGCUGAGGUCCUGCUGGCGUCAAGAGGUCUCUGCAGCUCCCAGAAGAACAGAGCACUCAGAAACUCCCCCGAUGUCUGACCUGGAGUUUGGUGGCAUGUCCAUAAAGGAGGUGGAAAUGGACGGCAAGUACAAACCGCCGCAGCCUCACUGGUACGAGCUGUAUGCCCAGCCCUGCGUGGCCGAGCUCCUGGGGUCGGCAUUGUUCAUCUUCAUCGGCUGCGCGUCAGUGAUUGAGAACGUGGACGGCACGGGGAGGCUGCAGCCCGCCCUGGCACAUGGGUUGGCUCUUGGGCUCAUCAUCGCCAUUUUGGGAAACAUCAGCGGUGGCCAUUUUAACCCAGCUGUCUCCUUGGCUGCAUGGCUGAUUGGUGGGCUGAACAUCAUGCUGCUUAUCCCUUACUGGCUCUCCCAGCUGUGUGGGGGGCUGAUCGGAGCUGGCCUGGCAAAGGUUAUGACAGCAAAUGACAGAUACAUAAACGCCACUGGAGCGGCUUUCACUAGCAUCACAGAUGACGGACAGAUCCCCUCUGCCCUUGUGGGUGAGAUUGUUAUGACCAUGUUCCUGGUCUUAGCCGUCUGCAUGGGAGCCAUCAAUGAAAAAACCAGCAGCCCUUUGGCACCUUUCUGCAUUGGCUUCACUGUCACCGCUGACAUCCUAGCUGGAGGCGCUAUAUCUGGGGCUUGCAUGAACCCUGCCAGAGCUUUUGGACCAGCGCUUGUAGCAAACUACUGGGACUAUCACUGGGUUUACUGGGUAGGGCCCAUGGUAGCCAGCCUGCUAGUUGGUGCAUUGAUAAGGCUCCUGAUUGGCGACAGGAAAAUCCGCCUGCUCCUGAAGUGAGCCCUGGAUUGGGCCUGCCUGCGGGACACAAUCACUUUUGGAUAGGAAAUUGGCUCUACUUGGCCCUCGGGAGAAACUCUGCUUCACCUCACACCAGUGCCUCCGUUCUCAUUGUCUGAUCCCAGCUUUCCAGUCUGUUUCCCCAGAGAGCAGCUGUUGGCAGGAUGAGCCCACCUGAAGCUACAGAUUCUGUAAAAAACCAAACAAAUCCAAACCAAAAAAACCGAUUGUGUUGAGAUUAAAGCAAAGGCCUGGCUGGCUGGGUAGGAGCGCUAGGAGCGCUGGCCUUUCCUCUCGGGGCUGGGGCAGUGCCCUCUUGCUACUGCACAAAUGGCAGCCAGGAGCCAGAGCAGUUGUCCUGGGGAUGGAGAUAAGCUAAAAUGGGCAGGAGGGUCUGCUGGGCAGUGAUGAAGCAGGGCUGGCCUGGUUUGCCCAGCGCUCCCGCUGGCAUGACGGGGUGCGGCUGCAGCACCUCGAUGAUGCCAAUGCGCUUGCUGCUCCAGUCGCUGGGGAAAUUUGCCUCCUUUACUGUUCUGUUCUGGAGAUGGGAGCGCCCAUCCCUGUGUUCCCCUGGCCCUACUGCGUUCCCGGCGCAGCACACGUGGGGCUUCUGGAGAAAGCACUUUAUCACUGUGUCCCACGGCCCCAUCCCCUGUGCUGGCUCUCCAGCUCCCCAGGGCUGGCUGACAUCUCCGCUGGUUGCCAGACGCUGUAGUGAGGAGCCUGCUCUAAUCCUAAUAAGGUGAAUAAAAGCCGAGUUGAACAGAAA